CCUUAUUCAGUUUAACAUCAUCCUUUUAACCUCUCGGAAACAAUUUACAAAAUAAAUAACUUUGGAAAACCUAGAAAUUUUUUCCUAUUUUCGUGUAGCCGAAUAAAUCUCUUACCAAAUCACCAUGUGUAGCUGGCCCUGUUAUCCUGCCGCCUGUAUCGGCUCCUGCGGCAGCUGUGCCCCGAGUGGAUUCUAUGAUCCCAGCUAUGGCUCAAUGGCUGGCGCAUGUCGGGGCUUGGGCGGCUGUCAUUAUGGCUGUUGGGGAACGUCGUGGUAAUGUCAAUUGUUUGCGAAUAUUGUCCUUUGCGUUUCCCAUUUUCGCUAUGAAGCAGUUAACACUGACAUCGCAUGGUCGAGGCGGUUAUCAAGGAUUCGGCUUACAGAAGAAAUCUAGGAAGAAGUCGAAGAAGAAUUCCAACCUUCAGUGUCUUUCAAAAUUAUUUAUAAAUCGAAAUGGCGCUGCACCAUCAACGCCAUUUUUCAACAAAAACUAGACAAGGAAAAUAAAACCAUAAUUCAUAAAUAGAAUAA